UUAAGAAGUAAGUAACCUUUUCCAAGUACUGAUCCCAAAUCCCAUACCACGCGACUUAAUUUUUUUGGUAAAGCAACGACAAACAAAACCAGAUGCGCGCAAAGUCAGUGUCUGAUCCCAAAUUCUAAUCCACUUUUCGUCAACGAGCGUACCAAGCGAGGGAGCAACGAUCACGUUCAUGCACUGUACUGUGGCCAGUGAAGUAAAAGCAAGACCCGAAACUCUUCAACGCAAAUAAAUAACUACGCCAUCGCCAUAUUUUCCAGUUCCGAACUCUCAUUUUCAUGCCACAACGUUCAGAUCUCGCCGAGAGGUGAACGCAGCCGUUUCGCUAUGAAACGCGGCUGUGAGUGGUGGAUCUCGGCGUCUUAAGUUGAGAUGCAGCCGAACUUGUUUCCCUUUGGAAGUGUGCUGGGGAAUCCGUUUAUUUUCAAUGGUGAUUUGAGCGAGGGAGGGAUCGAGAGCUCUAGGGUUUUCUUCUUGCUCCCGUUCUUCUUGCUCUCCCAGGGAGGAGCAAUGGAUUUGUCCAAGGUUGGAGAAAAAUUCUUGAGCUCCGUUAGGUCCGCGAGAUCUAUCGGAUUGCUCCCUCCCGUUCCUGAUCGUCCCGAGGUUCCAGCUCGAGCUUCAGCAGCUGCUGCUGUAGCUCGUGCUCUUGCAGGGUUACCUCCUCAUCAGAGAUAUAGUUUUUCAUCAAGUUCAGAAGAAUUGAGUUCAAUAUAUGGAAGCAGACCUCAAGGCCCAGUGGUGGAGGAUCUGGAGGAUGAAUUCUAUGAAGAGGACUUUGAUCCAAUUAAACAUAUUUUAGAGCGUGUUCCAGCUGAUGAGAAUGAGCUAACAUAUUUUGAAAAACAGGCUGCCCUUAGAUUGGUACAACUGGAUAGAGUGGCUGAACAUUUAUCUCGCCAUGUUAUGGAGCAUCAUGAAGUAAUGGUGAAGGGGAUGAAUUUGGUCAGAGAAUUGGAAAAAGACUUAAGAAUUGCAAAUGUCAUCUGUAUGAAUGGAAGAAGACAUCUGACAUCGUCUAUGAAUGAGGUUUCAAGGGAUCUGAUUGUGAAUUCUUAUUCCAAAAAGAAACAAGCUCUUGUGGACAUGCUUCCAACCUUGAUUGAACUUCAACGGGCUUUGAACAUGCAAUCAACACUUGAAUCCCUUGCCGAGGAAGGGAAUUACUGGAAGGCAUUUCAAGUUCUAUCUGAGUAUUUGCAACUCUUAGAUAGUUUGUCAGAGCUUUCAGCAAUACAAGAAAUGAGUCGUGGCGUGGAGGUUUGGCUGGGAAGAACGUUGCAGAAGCUGGAUGCUCUUUUAUUGGGAGUGUGUCAAGAAUUCAAGGAAGAUGGCUAUAUAACAGUAAUUGAUGCUUAUGCAUUAAUAGGGGAUACUGCUGGUCUUGCUGAAAAGAUACAGAGUUUCUUCAUGCAAGAAGUUAUAUCAGAAACACACUCUGUAUUAAAGGCUAUUAUGCAUGAGGAUGAGGAGGAAGUUUUGCAAAAUAGUAGGCUCACUUACAGCGAUCUAUGCCUCAGAAUACCGGAUUCAAAGUUCAGGCUAUGCUUAUUAAGAACACUGGCUGUUCUAUUUGACCUUAUGUGUUCAUACCAUGAAAUUAUGGAUUUCGAGCUGGAAAGAAAGGACACAGUACGAAAUUCAAAUAAGUGCAAUGAAGAGAUUUCCUGCCGUCCAGGCGCUCAGGAAGUUGAUUCAGAUGUAAGAGCCUGCAACAAUUCUUUGUCCAGUUCAGGAGAUAUAUUACAUGGUUCAUCUUCUAGGGAGGAAUCUGUAACAAUGAGCUCUCUGACUGAAACUAGUGGUUCACCAUACAGUGAUUAUCAUGAUCCAUUUAAGGAGACUGGAAAGGAGGACAGUGCAACAUUAAACAUUGAAUCCCCUUGGUACCAUCUUCGCAAAGAAGCUAUAACAUUUGUGUCACAGACCCUUCAAAGAGGGCGAAGGAAUUUGUGGCAUCUCACUGCAAGUCGUGUGUCUGUUUUGCUUUCUUCUGCUGCAGUUUGUACCGCCAGUAUUCAUCAAUUCUUGAAAAAUUAUGAAGAACUCAGUGUCUUUAUUUUGACUGGGGAAGCCUUUUGUGGAAUCGAAGCAGUUGAAUUUAGGCAGAAGCUAAAGGCUGUGUGUGAAAAUUAUUUCACAGCUUUUCAUCGACAAAAUGUGCAUGCACUAAAAAUGGUUAUGGAGAGAGAGACCUGGCUAAAAUUACCUCUAGAAACAGUACAAAUGAUCAGUUUUGCAGGACUUAUUGGUGAUGGUGCACCCUUGAUUUCUUUAUCCAGUGGCAAAUCAAUUAAUGCCGGUGCAUUUCAUUCCCCUAAAUCAGGGAAUAUGGUUCAUACUGGUGCAAGGAAAAAUGGGUUUUCUCACUGGAUAAAAAGUGGAAACCCUUUCUUGCAAAAAUUACCACCUAAUGGAUUAGUUCAUGGUGAAUUUGAUGAUAGAACACCUAGAAAGAACGAUUCCAAUCACAUAAAUGGCGCCAGUUCUGUUUCAGAAGAUGAAAAUGAGGAUCUUCUUGCUGACUUUAUUGAUGAAGACAGCCAACUACCAAGUCGAAGUUCUAAACCCUUUCAUUCAAGAACUCUUUCUUCACAUGGUAAUGAUGACGAGAAUACAACACAAACUGGAUCGUCUCUCUGUCUUUUAAAGUCUAUGGAUAAAUAUGCAAGGCUUAUGCAGAAAUUGGAAGUGGUAAAUGUUGAGUUCUUUAAGGGAAUAUGCCAAUUGUUUGAAAUAUUUUUCUAUAAUAUAUAUGAAACAUUUGGUCAGCAAAACACUGGUUCAAGUGGAAAAAGCUCAACUAACUCUCUUAAUUAUCGCUUGAGAACAGCUUUAUCUAGAGUAAACCAAGAUUGUGAAGAGUGGAUUAAGCCUCAAUCGUCUUCACCAACAUCUUUGACCUCUUCAUUUGCACAUCCAGAGUUGACACCUACAAACCCGCCCAAUGCAAAUUUUGGUCAUUCCUCGGGGACCUCUUUGGGUCUCACGGAAAGAUGUGUAGCUGUUGACACUCUAUCUCUUGUUGCUCGAAUACUGAAUAGAUCUAAAGCUCAUCUCCAAUCAAUGCUCUUGCAAAGUAAUUCAACUAUACUUGAGGAUUUCUACGUUCAUAUGGUGGAUGCUGUACCAGAUCUUACAGAACAUGUUCAUCGGACUACAGUGAGACUAUUGUUGCACAUUAAUGGAUAUGUUGAUCGUGUUGCCAAUUGUAAAUGGGAAUUAAAAGAGCUUGGCAUGGAGCAUAAUGGAUAUGUUGAUUUGUUGCUGGGGGAGUUUAAGCACUAUAAAACAAGACUUGCUCAUGGAGGAAUUCGUAAAGAGAUUCAAGGCCUAUUAUUGGAUUAUGGGCUUGAAAUUGUGGCAGAAACUCUUGUUGAAGGACUUUCAAGGGUGAAGAGAUGCAGUGAUGAAGGACGAGCUCUUAUGUCAUUAGAUCUUCAGGUUUUGAUUAAUGGAUUACAGCAUUUUGUGUCAGUGAAUGUGAAGCCCAAGCUUCAAAUGGUCGAAACUUUCAUCAAGGCUUACUACCUUCCCGAGACAGAAUAUGUGCACUGGGCUCGAGCACACCCAGAAUACAGUAAAAGCCAGAUUAUCGGACUGAUCAAUCUUGUUUCCACUAUGAAAGGUUGGAAGAGGAAAACCAGGUUGGAUAUACUGGAAAAGAUUGAAUGAGUGGCUGUCUUUUAUCGUGCAAGUCAGGCAUAUAGAAUCUUCUGCUCCUUUUCCCCUUUGUCUUUCAUUUUUGGCAGAGCUCCGUAUAAAGGUAUUGCAUAUUGCUUGGCAUUUGAUCCCCUAUUAAUUAUGGAGUAUUUUCCAAAUCUGUGCUUUGGUGUCUUGUAGAUAGUCCUCUGGUAAUAAGCUGUAAUUGUACUAUAAUUUUACUUAAAUAUAUAUAUAGAAUUUAUUUUUUUUCCUUUC